AACAGACCCUGACCCGGCUGCUGUGGCCAUGGGCUUUGGAAUCAAUCUGGGUGCCGGAUGCUGGCGACUUCAGGCCUUGCUCGAAUGUUUGCCGUGGUGCCAAAGGCGUGACCAUCUCCCCCGUCCUAAAGGUGCGGGAGAGGCGCCGGACAAGGUGGUGCCGGUGCUGUUCUUUUCGGGCGAAGAGGUGGCCAAGAUUCAGGUCCCUCCGGCCUGGACCACGCUGGAGUUCAAGAAAGCCAUUGGCUCCUUCUUGGGCAAAGGGGAGGUGCUAGCAGAUGCCGAACAUCUGGAAAACAUCAGCAGCCACGUCCAUGUGACUCUCCGCAAGUGUACCUUCUUAGUGUCAGGAGCCGGCGCUGAAGCCGUGAACGGUUUCUACGUUCGAAGGAAAGGCCUGGCUCGGCUCUCCUGUCACCGCCUGUUUUGUCUCCCAUGA